AUGUCGAACCUGGCUGCGACUGACGCCGUGCGACCUGUAGAGGGCUUUGGUCGUCCCUCAAGAGAUAUCGACAUGGAGAAGAAUGGCGAUCAAGCUUUCAAUGCCCACGAGACUGGCAGCGAUGGAGAGACCAAGUCUGUCGAAUCGGAAACCUUCCAGAACGGUGUUCAACGGGUGCGCGCAAUCACUGAGAUCUGGAGCACGAAGACCUUGAUUACGAUGCUGGUCUUCAUUUACCUUAUCGAAUUCGUCGCUUUCCUGCAGAAUGGCAUUGACGCCGCGCUCAACCCCUUCAUCACGUCGGCAUUCGGUACACACGGUCUCCUGAACGUCGGAAGCGUAAUGGCAACUGCGCUCGGUGGCUGCCUUCCUCUCGUCAUUGCCAAGGUCAUCGAUAUAUUUGGUCGCGUGGAGGGUUUCUUCUUCAUGCUGCUCGUCGUCGUCGCCGGUAUGGCUAUGAAAGCCGCAUGCACCAACGUACAAACCUACAUCGCCGGUCACGUCCUCUACUGGGCUGGUCACAUUGGUGUUCUAUUCGUUGCCGACAUCAUGGCCGCGGAUUGCACCAGCCUGACGAACCGCAUGAUCAUCUUUACCCUCAACGGAACUCCUCGUAUCGCAAGCACUUUCGCCGCACCCGUGAUCGCCGACAUGUUCUACUACCAGAACAGCUGGCGAUGGGCUUUCGGUGCAUUCAUUAUCAUCUUCGUCGGAUGCUGCGCUCCCGCGUUGGUGCUCAUGAUGUUCAUGUACCGCAAGGCUAGGAAGGCCGGUCUCGUCAAGAACGUAAAAUCGGAGCGUAACUUCCUACAAUCGCUGUGGUACUACGCCGUACAGUUUGACAUCCUUGGCAUCGUACUCAUCAUGUGCGCGUGGAGUCUCUUUGUUCUGCCUUUCAGUCUCGUCGCCUACGCGCCCCAGGGCUGGAACACCCCGUACAUCAUCGCCUGCAUCGUCCUCGGACUCUGCCUCUUCCCCGUCUUCUACAUCUGGGAAGCCAAAUUUGCGCCCGUCCAAUUCCUACCCUGGAAGUACCUCAAGAACGGUACCAUCAUCGGCUCCUGCCUGCUUUACUGCGUCAUGUUCCUGUCCGUCUUCUGCUGGAAUGGAUACUUCUACUCCUACUUGCUUGUCGUACACAGGCAAAGCAUUCCCCACGCUGGAUAUAUCCUCAACGCUUUCUCGCUUACCUCGUCGACAUUCAGUCCGCUCAUCGCAUGGUGGAUCCACAAAUCCGGUAACUUCAAGUGGACAGCCUACACCGGUGUACCCAUCGUUCUCCUCGGUACUGCUCUCCUGAUCCCCUUCCGAAACCCAUCCACCAACCCCGGUGUUCUCGCCUUCACUCAAGUGCUCGUCGGUCUCGGUACGGCUUUCUUCGCCACCUGCGCCCAGCUCGCCGUCAUGGUUCCCGUCACUCACCAAGAAAUCGCCGUCGUCAACGCCGUUUGGGGUCUCUUUGGCAGCUUCGGUUCAUCCAUUGGAUAUGCCAUCGCCGGUGGCAUGUGGAACAACAUCCUCCCUGGACAGUUGCUCAUGCGUCUGCCCGAGGAGAGCAAGCCUGAAUACAGGGCGAUUUUCGGAAACAUCACCUUGCAGCAAUCGUUCCUCGAUGGUACGCCAGAGCGCGAUGCCGUUGUUGGUGCUUAUGCCGAUGUACAACGUAAGAUGGUGAUCACUGGUGCGUGCUUUGUGCCGUUGUGCUUGGCUAGCAUCUACAUCUGGAAGAACAUCAACGUCAAGAAGCUUGAGGAGGAGAACGGCAAGCAGACUAAGGGUAACGUCUUCUAA